GCAAGAGUCGCCAUAGCUUCCGUGUUGCUGGUAGCCGGAAUUCUCUGGUUGGCCCGAACAACGUCUAUUGAGGAGCUUAUGCUGAAUGCGGUUGCCCUGAAUGCCAUCCUCGAUGUUGAUGAGUUUCUCUUCGCGGGUAUGAUGCCCAUAAAGCUACAGCACGCAGUGCAGAGUCUGGAGCCCAUACAAGUCAAGUAUAGCCGCCGGCGCAGCCAGUGUGAGACGCUUGUGCAUCUGAGCCUGAUUCUAACUACUGUGCUGCUGGCAUACAGCUUGCUCCUGGUGCCUCUAUCUAGUUCGAUGCAGAUUGUAAAGAAUGAGCUCUGCGGCGGGAACCAAACUUUCGUGGUCUCAUACAACCGCCAGACGCAAGAAAUCAUUGGCCUGAAAACAGUGGAAAUGCUGGAGAAUCCAAACCUCACAGCGAUGGAGGUGGCCGUCAAGUCCCACAUUGCCAACUCACCCGAGACUACUCCCGGAGAAGUUCCAGAUUACAUCAGCUUCGCUGCAAGCCGUAGAGCCUUCGGUGCAGACGUCUCGCGAACUAUGGCAGAGAAGGCAAGACAGUUUCCGCUAUGUUUCGAGCCCUUCGUUGUGAAUGAGAACGGCUUGCUUCACAAUGACCCGGCUCUGCGGCCGAUGGUGGAUGUCUUGCUCCGGACGGCGGGCCUGGCCUAUGGCCGGGAGAUGGCUUCCAGCUGCCAGGAUCAAGGGAUCUUGGGGUUGGACCUUUGGGUUUAG